AGUCAAUCAGUCAGAUUUUACAAAUGUCGGACGUGUAAUGUGUAUAUUGUUUCACGAUUGUUUAUUUUUGUAAAUACACCAAUCCAAAACUGUGUCAUGGAGAAUGUGUGGAUUUGAAGUUAUUUUAUGGAUUUAACACACAUAAGUGAUCAUUUACAUUGAUACGUGAGAAAUGCCAUUGAUGAAAUCAAAGAAUUUGUGAAAAUGUGAACAUUUCUGUUCUUUGGCGUAGUGCCAUGGUUUUAAUUGCAGUUUUAUCGGAAAUAGGCAUCAUGAAGUGUUCAGUGCUUGUUGUUUUAAUGUUGCUAUGUGUUGAGGGAGUAUUUGGAUACUGUCCAUCGUUGUGCUCGUGCAAGGGCAACAAAGUGGGCGAGGGAGCGGGCGCGGAGCCCCCGCCCGGCGAGCUGCUACGGCUCAAGUGUGGCGGGAGCCCUGCACAGAUCACCGAACUCAAGGAAAUUGACUUGAGCGAACUAUGGACGAUUGUUGUUAGCUUGAACCUGUCCGGAAAUGCGAUCUCGACGCUAUCACGAGAGCUUUAUUUGCCAAAUUUGCAAAAAUUGGAUCUGAGCAGAAACCAAAUAUCUCUGAUUGAAUCUGAUGCAUUCUACAACAUGACAUCUCUACAAAGAUUAGAUCUGUCGUACAAUCAAAUAAACAACAUCUACAAGGAAAUGUUCAAGGGUCUCAUUAAUCUGGAGCGGUUGAUAUUGGCCCAGAACCAUAUAUCUGUCAUGGCAGCUGGGACAUUUGAUUAUCUUAUUGGUUUGAAGCAGCUUGACAUAACAGAAAAUCCUUUGAUAUGUGAUUGUGAACUACUGUGGGUGGGAGACUGGGCUCGUAACACCAGCGUCAAACUCGUCGGCAAUCCAAAAUGCGCCUUUCCAGAGAACAUGGUCAACAAAACAGUGCGGAAAUUAAAAAUAUUCCUCGACCUAUCUGCCUGUGGGAGCAUGCUACCCUCAAGCACAUUGAUUAUGAAACCAAGCCAGGACCAAGUAGUUUUCGAAGGGGACACUCUUACCCUCUCUUGUAAUGCUCCAUUCGCGUCUGUUAUGGCAAAAUACGAGCUGAAAUGGUCACACCCAAUGCUGGAAGUGUGUGAUGUUAACGUCACCCACACAGAUAUGCAAGACGAGGGUAUAGCAGAAACAACAGUUUAUUUCCCCAAUAUCACGCAACACCACAUGGGAGAAUGGACUUGCAUGUACAGUGACCAGAAUCAUAUACGACAAAAUUACACGAUACAAGUGUUGGUGCUGUCAAAUGGGACUCAGUAUUGUAGUACCAAUGAAAAGGAUUACACUGUCAACAAUAAAGGAUUGUACUCCUGGCCUCAAAUGCUGAUGAAUCAUACAGCUGUAGUGCCAUGCCGCAGUGGGGAAGGAAUGGCUUAUAGAUACUGCAACGAAAAUGGAACUUGGAGCUCUCCGAACACGACUGAGUGCUCUUACAUAAGUAAUGUGACGAAGUUACUGCAACAGUUCGCGUUGUUGAACGUCAGCUUGGUACAGUACUCGGCGGUGAAUGCUACAGAGAGAUUGGCGAUGUUGAUACAAGAGAAAACAUAUCCGUUAGCAGAGAUAAAUGAUGCAGACGAUGUUAUGUUCAUAGCGCAAGCUGUUAGAAAUUACAUGCAGUACAUUGCUGAGGAGAAAGAUUUGGGUCCUGCCCUUCUGGACGUUAUAAGCUCAGCGAUGAACAUAUCCAUGCCAGUUCUGUCACAAGCGGAGACACUCUACGGAUCUUGCACAGAUAUGGUGCAAGCCGCUGAGGAGAUAUCCGCAUAUAUCAACAACGUACAAGGCCAAAAGAUGAACCUGGCCGUGGAGCGGUUCCGCGUGAGCGAGGGGUUCGGCGGCGCGACGUGCGUGUGGCACUCGGCGCGGCGCGCGGCGCGGCCAAGGCUGCACUGCACCACCACCAACCGCACCGUCGAGCCGCUGCUGCACGUCUCCGACGCGCUCAUACACGCCAGCGUGCAGAUACCCCAAUCCCUAAUAUUCAGUACUACGGAAUCGGGCGCGUUGCUUCAAAUCAAGCCGCACGAUCUUGUCGUGUCGGUAUACGAGGACGCCGCGCUGUUCCCGCUACUCCCCGAGCCAGAGAAUGACGGUAGGAUGACGGGACACAGGGCGAAGGACUAUUACGGGAGAAGCACGAAGAGGGAAGAUAUGAAUAUGGAGAUAACCUCGCCUGUCGUUGGCUUUCAAUUAAAGGGCGUGCGCGAGUGCGGCUCGCUGCUGGAGCCGGUGCUGGCCACGCUGCGCGCGCGCGCGGCGCCGGGCGCGGAGGGGCGCGCCGCCGUGUGGGACCCGCGCACGCGCCGCUGGCAGGACAACUCCAGCGAUUGCAAAGUAUCCCAUGUGGUGUCAGAGAUGAUAAUAAUAAGCUGCACAAAACUAGCUUACGUCGGUUUACUACAAAACGUAGAGACAGGCAUAUACGGGGCUCGCACUGACGGCGCGCGGUUCAAAGUGUCCCACCCCGCCGUCUACGUGGGAAGCCUCAUCCUCAUCGGAUGCGUCAGCUGCGCCACCCUCACCUACGUCAUGUGCUACCCGGCCAUACAAAUGGCUAAGAAAACCAAGCACGCGCUCAUCAACACCUGGAUAGCCAUCGGACUACUCUGCUUCAUGUACACCCUCGGGAUAUACCAAACGGAAGACGUCAAGUUGUGCCAGAUAUUGGGACUGCUCAUACACUACCUGUCUCUCUCUUGUCUACUAUGGAUGUGCGUGUCCGCUAGCAACAUGUAUAAGUGGGUGACAAAGACACACAAUCCCGUAAGGACCCCAGAAGACGAUAUUCCACCAGACGUUCCAGUCCAGAAGCCAAUACUUGGCCUAUAUUUAGUUGGGUGGGGAAUAGCUCUCAUAGUGUGUGGAAUAUCAGGAGCUGUUAAUUUAAAGGACUAUGCUGGAUAUUCCCAGUGUUUUUUGAGCACUGCUCCCGCUUUGAGUGCCCUGUUUGUUCCAGGAGGGAUAUUGUUGAUGUUUUUACUAAUCUUGUUUCUGUUGAUCCGAUGCACGAUACGGAAUAUGAACGUGCAAUUGUCGGAAGGGACGCAAGCGACGGAGAAUGUUGAUUUAGAGAUGUGGGAACCACAAAGUAAUGAUAGAGCUGAACGGAGGAGUGUUAAGUCGACUUUGGAUUCUGAAAUUGAAGACGUGGAGCAUACGCCUAUCAUACAGUUGAGAGCUCAAGUGAUCGUGAUGUGUUUGUACCUUUCUGUGUGGUCGUGUGGCGCUAUUGCUGUGUAUAGACCAUUGCCAGCUUACUUGCCGUAUCAAGAGGACAUCUGCAGUAUUAUUUACGCCGUCUGUGCUACAAUAUUGGGAACUUUUAUACUGUUCUUCUAUGGUAUAGCGAGAAGUGACGUUAGAGCCCAGUGGUCCAUGAUGCAUUGCUACUUACAGAAGAGUAAACAGUGUUGCAGGAACAGGAGCGUGUUUGAUGCUAAUGCGCAAAAUCUCUCAUCAAAUCCCAAUGCAAAUGGUGCUCCUUUAUCAAUAACGAACGAUAAUCGAUCGAGAUCAGGCAGUAGGAGUUCAAAUAGAACCAACUCGAAAACGAACAACAGUGGUACUUAUAAAGCUGGCGCUGAACUGAACGGUCAAACGUUACAGAAAGAACCUCUCAAAAACAUUAAUGGGAAGGCACCGAAUAUCAAUCUGGUAGUACUUCACAGACAGCAAUACAGAUCAAACAAUUCGAUGAUGACGUACCCUGAAAGCGGUAAUAUAGGCCCAGAAAUGUUCUACAAUCCAAACCAGAUGAAUGUAGCGAAGAAGUUUUUCAAGAAGCAGAGACAAAAUAUGAAGAGAAAUUGUUUAGAAUUGCCAACGAGAAGGGAUUGUGAUAAUGAUUCUCAUUUUUCGCUUCCAUUGCCAACUAAAGAGGCGUAUAGCGGUGUCGCAAACAUUAUUAACUCUGGGUCUAAAGUGAAUAAUACAAAUAUACACGUAGAAAGAACUAACAAUGGUAUAAAAGAAACAAGAAAUGCCAUAAAUCCAAACAUACUUGAAGAGGACAGUAAAGAUUAUAAAAGUUAUUCUACAGAUAGAAAAUCUUGGGCUAAAACGGAUGAAGCAAAACCUAAUAGAACCCAAGUUAUGAACAUUUAUACAAAUGUGCCUGAAACACAAGUGCCGCAACACCAAAUAGUCAAAGCGAAUGUUGCGAAAAGCUUUAACGGUCAAAGAAGUAGUGUGUCAGAAGAGUGUUUGCAAAGUAGAGCAGAUCAGCCUGAAAUGCGAACUGUUUCACAACAAUGCAGCUUGGAAUACAGCUCUGCGUCAGAGAUAGCCAUGCCCCACACCUGCUCUGACCAAACACUAAACACGCAUUCGGAAAUGACGUCAUUUCAAGAGACGCAUAGCGCUUUGUGUUCAACUAAUGAGAUCACUGACACAGAAAGCUUUGGCCAGUACAUAGAUUACUUGCAGCCUGGCAAAAAUCAAGACAAGGAUGGCGUAGACAAGUCUUUGCAAGAUAUAUCUGAAGAAUGCACGAUGAAUAGCGAUGACGUUAACAGAUCUAGCACGCCGCAGAAUCUAGAAGUCGGUGAACUAGACAAUUUAUUGCAAAACCCCGAUGAUUUAGGAUCUAAAGAGAAACUGGAUGACGACAAAGAAACAUUUUUCAUGGCGAAAACUUCGUACGAUUUCGAAACGUGUAGUACGAAUGCAAGCGAACAGGGCUUCGAAAAUGAGAGCGAUAUUUAUUGCCCUAAUUACCAAAUGUCAGAGGUUAGCAUACGCAGUCACGGGCUGUACGCGCCAUCGCCAUCUUCCAUGUGCCCCAACGAGAUAAGUUUCAGCAAUGAAGACGUUUCAAACAUCGAGAGUCAGUACGUGAACUAUGACCCUGGAUGGAGAAAGACGAUCAAAAGCAAUCCAAAGUUAGGGAAAUACGUGCCAACGCCAGCGUUGAGUUGUCCCGAAGUGAACAGAGACAGUAGUCCGGUAUCGUUCGCGAGUGAAAUAGACGAACUGUACACGCAAAUCACGAGUAGAGAUAGAGAUAGGGAGAAAGAGAGAACGCCUAGGAAGGAUGCCGCGUUAGACGUCACGUUGAACAGUGACGUCACCCUAAAACCGGACAGUGACAGUUGUGUGAGUGAGGCAGUGUCUGACGUUGAGAUGAAAGGAGAAACAACAGUGUAAGACUUGUGUUUUUAUGAAAUAAGUGAUAUUCACUUGUAGGCUUCGCUUUGUUAUAUAUUAUAGGACUGUUAAUAAGGAGUUUAUGAAAUUUGAGUUUGGACUUCUUUAAUAGCCCAAUGUUGAGACUAGAGUUGAAAUAAUCUAGUGCCAUUAUCGUGAAGUGAUUAUCUGCGUUAAGGACUCUACAUUUUGUUGUAUUUUUGUGACAAUAGAACCAAUGUAAAUUAAUAUGCUAAAGCUACUAAGAUGCGAGCUACUAAUAAUAACUUUAAAGCUGUUGUUAUGUGCACUCUAUUACUGCACUAUAUUGUGGUCAUACAGUGCAGUAACUAUACUUUAAUUGUGGGCUAUUUGACUAGUUUCUGGAAAAUGUUUUAAAUUAUUUAGUGUCUACGGAGCCUAAAAACAAUGAUUAAAUUUAAUUAUUAUACAUAUUUCAUUUAAAAAUCAUUAUGAAAUACACUGAAUAAAUAAUUUGACAAAACCACCUGCUUCGGCAGUAUAGCUUCGAUUCAUUUACAUGACGUCACACGUCUGUAAACACUAACCCUCUUAUUCAUAAACGUUAUUUAUCUAAGGACGGAGCACUGCUGUGAUAACAAGUCUGUUUCUCAGCUUUGUUUAUCUGACAGCUUGCUGUUUGUUCAGUUUUGUUUAUCUGACAGACAACUAGAUUCAAGUUGUAUCUCAAUAUUAGCCAAUCACAACGGCCUUAUGUCUGCGCACUGCGUAAGCUGCCAUGCCGUCAGCACUGAGAAGCAGACUUGUUAUCACAGCAAUGCUCCGUCCUUAAAUAAAUAACGUUUAUGAAUAUGGUGGUAAACAUAUUAGCAGCGAUAAUAGCAGAAGUUUACAAACGUGUGAUGUCAUCGAUAUUUUGUGUAUCGAACCAUUUAAGAUCACGUGGUUCAUCAUUUAUUUUGUUUUUUUUUUGGUAAAAUAUUAAAUAUUUUGUAUAAGUAUAUGUUAUUGCAAAUUGCUUUAAACUCCAUAACCUACGUGGAUAUUGAUAAAUAUUAUAUUAUUUUGCAUGCUGUCAAAUAGCCUAUUUUAUCUAUUUCGAUAGCUCACAUUUGCUAAGAUUGAUAGAAGUUGCACAUCAUAAUAGACGUUCUUAUCAGUUAUCUUUAGUGCAGAGUCCUGAAAUCUAUACUCACUCAUAGUCUAAAUUGUAUUAAGAUAUUGGCCAUUUUAUUUUCUGCAUGGUCUACAUUAAAAUAUAGCUUUAAAAAUGAAGUAAGCAAAGUAGCUAUUUAAACAUCUAAAGAAUAUACUCUUGUUUGGGAUUUAUUCCAACCGAGUUGACGGCAUAUAUCUUGGCGUUGACGAUGGGACGAACAUCCGAUACGGAGGAAAGUUAUAAUUCGUGAUGCUAGGGUCUCGCUAACGGCUAAUGCCAUUCAUUAUCGCAUUCAUUUUGAUCAGCGUCAGUUUCACGAAAAAAUCGCUAUAGUUAUACAACAGUAUUAAUUAUUCUAAAAUAGUCAGUCAUGCAAUUUACUUUAUACCUUUGAACUGAUUUGCAAGUGUUCCUUGCCUGUUCUUUGGUGAGAAAUGUUUUCGAGCUCAGCAAGUAAAAAUUGUCAGAAUCUAAAUAUGAUUUAACGUUUUAUGAUUUCUUGUGCUUACGCGAAUGUUAGACAUUAAAAUUUAACUAUUUUUCGGAUUUUAUCGCGGUUUAAAUGCGUUAGUUUUCUCCCAAAAAAAAAAAAAAGGUGAAAACUAAAACAUUAAAACCGCGAUAAAAUCCGAAAAAUAGUUUAAUUUUAACGUCUUACAGAUUGAAAUAAAUAAUUUAAUCUAUCAUAAUAUAUCCUAUUUCAUGAGAUAUUUUGCACAAUAUCUUAACGUCUCAUUUAUUGCAAUAGGCUUUAGACGUAACCUAAGGCUGGCUGGGGCAUCACACGCUCAGUAUUUAAAAUAAUGCUGGGUAUUUGAUAAACAUACCGCCAUCUUUAAUAAACGAUCCCAAUAGUUUAUUUCGAACAAACUCAAAAAUGGACCAAUCAGAACAAAGUAUUUUUUGAAAUUACAAAUGAGUUAUUUUGAUUGGUUUAUUCUCGGAAUCGGUUUGAAGAUUGCGAUUGGGAUCGUUUAUUGAAAAGAGUUGAUAGCAAAUAAAAUUACAAUAAGUGUGCAGUUUUGUUCUCGCAAGCGUACAAGCUAUGUGCCGAUGUUUAACUUGGUUGUUACUAGAUGAAAUUAAUGAAAGAUCUCAAUGGCACACUUUAGCCAACGGAUAUUAUUGAAAUUAUGUUAUAAAAAUUAGUGAAAGCCGUGUCCACGUUUUUUGAUAUGUAAGACAAUGUAUAUUGGAGAUGUUAUAAAUACAACGAAUACAGCACAUAUGGAGAUUAUCAGGCAUUUAGCUAUGUUUAAUAAUAACGUAUAGGUUUAAGUUGUAUAGUUUUUGAUAGUCUAUUUAUUUGAUAAGUUUUACUAUUGAGUCUGAUAACCUGUAGCUUAUGUCUGUGUCUAAAGCGUUAUACCUGUUGAAUUGGAUAAUGCGAUAUGGCAACACUUUUUAUAUUUCUUAUUAAUUCAAAUUGGUUGUAAUUGGAUGUAUAUUAGAUAUAUUUUAUAUCCGCCCGGAUAGCGAUCACCAACACAAGUUAAAACCCGCCAUAGUGGCCCACGUAAGUGUGUCGCGUUCCAGGUUCAGUCUGUGUAUAUAUGGUUCUAACAGGCCGACAUAAUUGUGUCGACUGUCGAGGGGUAAUCAUCUCUCGUCAGUCGACAUUCUAUUGGACCUCACUCUACUUACCAUCAGAUGCAGUGGGGUCCAUUUGUAGUGCUGGUAUAAAAAAAGAAAAAAAAACCUUGCAUUUAUCUCUGUUUAUUACUGUAUAGACACUAUGUGUGAGUUAUAAAAAAUGUUGCCAUAUUGAUAAAUAUAUCAGGUAGUUAAUAUUACACGAUGUGCCAAAUUUUAAACGGAAUGUUGAAAUUUUGUAUUAAACUUCGUAAAUGACUGAUAUUAACACAUCGCAUCAUAUCUAGUCUACGUUAUUUUAAUAUUGGAUGAAAAUUUUUGAUAUUAAUUUCGGAAUUGGAUGGAAUGAUAGACUUUAUUUGAAAACCUUCAACGUUACUAUGCUAUUAUUUCUAUGGAAUGCAAACGAGAUAUUGAAGAUACGUAUAAUUUUUUGUAUGAAACGACGUAUAGUAAUAUAUUAUAUCAAGUGGUUGGAAUUGUAGGUAUAUUAUUAGUCUGCCCUCAAAAUUGCAGUGAGUUAAGACAUCAAAAACAACAUGGUUUUAUGCUUAGCACGUUGUAUGAGACUUUUUUCUUCCCAGUGUUCGAUAUACAAACACAUUGUCAGUCGCAUGACCCAUUCUUAUGUUGUAAUUGUUAUUUAUGCGGCUAAUACCGACAUGCGGCUAAUAUCGAUAUAUUGUCUUUAUUAGCCGUAAAAAUCAUCCCGAAUAUUAUCUCUAGAGACAAAAGUAUCGAUACUUACUUUUUAUAAAACAGCAUAAGUAAAUGUCCAUCGCUUCAGAAGAAGCUCGCGCGUUUAAUAUGUUUAUUCGUCAACGAGUCAGUUGUAUUUUUCAUUAAGGUCGAAGCUCUAGCCCCAUUUUCCAUACAUUUUGUUUACUUUACAUACAUAAUAUAACGCAUUUAUCCCCGAAGGGAUAAAUGCAGAGGCGCAAUUAGGGCACCCACUUUUCGCCAAGUAUGUUCCAUCCCAUGAUGUGAUAGGGGGCGAGCCUAUCGCCAUAUCGGACACAAAUUCCAGAAUCCGGGCUGAUACUGAGCAGAAAAACCCAAAUAUCACUUUGCCCGACCCGGGAUUCGAACCCAGGACCUCAGAGCGCUAUUGUACCGGACAUGCAAUACAACUACGCCAACGAGGCAGUCGAUUUGUUUACUUUGCUAGCAUUAUAUCGAUUAGCGGGGACUGACCAAAAAAAUUGAAUAAAAUAAAAUAUAUAUUGCCAGAUUUUUUGUCAUAAAAUUUAAUUGAUCUUAAAAUCUAGAAUGGCAGCAGUGGGUAGAUGUUUAUUAAAAAUAUAUCAAUAUUCAUCCCAUAUUAAAAUGGCGUAUUUGUUUUUUGUACUCGAUGUAUGCAGUAUUUAAACGACGUGUGCCUAUUUGAUGUUGUGUAAAGUUUGGCCUACGAUUGUUCUGUGGCAUGUGUUGUCUUGGCGGCAAAUGUGUGGUGUAUUUGUAUUAUUAUUUUUAGAUAUGUAAAUAGAAAGUAAAAUUAGAUUGAAAUUUUAGAUGCAGUAUUAAUCUAAAGGAAAACUAUUUAUUUGAGAAAUUUAUUUAUGAUUUUUAUGUUUAUAGUGAUUAUUGUGUGAAUGAGACAGUAAAAAGCAAGUAUUUCUAAAGAUUGUGAUCAACGUAUUGUUUCCCAUAACAAGUUGUAUCUAGCUAAUAUCACACAAAUCCUUAAGGUAAUAUUAUAGUGCACAAGUGUGUGCGCAAUAUACAGGUUCUUUACUCUCAUAGUCCGGUGAGACGGCAAUCCGACAUGAUCGGAGAGAGAUCAUGUUUAGGAUCAACGGCUUACCCAGUUACAAUUAUAUUUGGCCCGAUUCGGGAUUCGAACCCAGGACCUCAGCGUAAUAGUCGUAUCUGUACCGCGUACUCAUUACAAAACAGUCACUACAUAUCAGAUAUUGUAGUAUUAUUAUUUUUUAUUAAAGUAAUUUAUAUUCGUCACAAUCGCCACACAUUUGUUGCUCGGAUUCUUGUAGAGAAAAUAUCUCGUAGAAGUUAUAUUGAGCUAAUGUGAUAUAAAAAUCUUCCUUGAGGCUGAAUUUCCACUGCGCGCAUUAUGAUAUUUUAGCUUUUGGCAGCUUGAAAAAUAGACAAAGUGAAUCGACAACAUUUCAAAGCUAUGAAAAUACAUAUAUCAAACAGCACUUAUUCUUUUUAAGCGAAAAUUAGUUGUUCUUAAGUCAGUGUGUCGUUCAGUGGAUUUUCAGCUUCUCUCGGCGCGUUCCAAUGCGCACACUAACGUAGACUGUUUGUAGAUUUCUAAAUAUAUUGAUUCUUGUGUAUAUAAUAUAUGAAUAGUGACAAAAAUUUAUAAAACGUUUAGCUUUUUGUGGAGCAUAUUGCGUAUUAAAGAGAGGCAUUGCACUUGA